AUGUCUUUACUGCACUUUGGUGCACUAAGGCUUCUCUUCAUGUGGCAACUGGUCCUGGCUUUUCCCAUUCCAGAGUUCACUAGGAACCCAAGCCAGUUGACUUCAGAGCCCUGGGUGCCAACCAAACUCCGGUCUUGGCACUCCUCUUAUCAUCCACCUAAAUCCCCACGUACUCGAGCACCCGAGACAGACAAAGAGGGCACUGAGUAUCUGGGGUCCCCUGCUCCCAAAGAGAUGUUGGCCCCACUUGAGGAGUUAACUGACAGUUUACUUCUAUUCCAGGACCCCAGCACUUCUCGGGAGUCGAACCCAGAGCCUGAGAAGCUUGCUGUUUCACAUCAGCAUCUGACCAACAAGCUGAUGCCACCUGGGAAGCAGCGAGAGAACAUUUUAACGGUAAAUGGGGAUCAAAUUCAGGCUCCCAUUCUGUCUUCACAGUUCAAAAGUACUGCAAGUCUAGCUGAGGCUGCAGAUCAUCAGUUGGAUGAAAUACUUGUUCCACCACUGGACAGCCAGAGUUCAAAAGCAACAACCUUCAUGGUUUCACGCAAGAAGUUGAGGAAAUAUUUAACUCGGCGCAGGAAACUUGCUAAGGUGGUUGUUGGAAAACCUCAAUUUCACAAGCAAACCAAGGAUGGUUAUGGUGAUCUCAAUAUGAAUGAAGCUUAUUCUUACAGCCUUCCUCUGCAAUCCCAGGAAAAUACAGAUGAAGUUCCACAGUUCUUAGAGCAGGAUGAACCUGACCAGUUGGAGACACAAGUUCAAAAAUCAGAGAAUCUCCAGCAGGAAGCUCCAGAUUAUUUCCCACAGGAAGAUGAACCUUUAAUCCAAAAAGAAGACUCAGCUCGCCAUCAGCUUCCUUCUGAGGAACCAUCAGUUCAUCCUGAAAUAAAUGGUCCUCCUCCAAAUAGAAAUGAAGCUCAGCACUCAAACCUGCCAAAUGUCACAGUGAAUCCUGUGGCUUCAGAGGCAGAUAAGGAGGCACAAGCUACUCUGGGCCAGCAACAGGCCCUAGCCCAGUUUCCAGAGAGUUCUGAGUUGUUGGAACCUUCAUCAACCCAACAAGAGGCCCCAGCUCAGAUUCUAGAGCCUCCUGAAAACUUUGGAAAUUCUGGUAGCCAGCUAAAAGCUCCAGCUCUGCCUACAAAGUUUCCCGAAGAAACCAGUCGUCUAGUUGAGCAAGAGGAUACAGUUCCAGUUCCAGAAUCCUCUAUGCAGAGUACAGCUGAAACUGUACUAACCACAAUUCAAAACCCUAGUCAGGCUCAAUUUCUCCAUUAUACUUUGCCCAUGAUUACAGGUAAGCCUGCAGAUAUGGAACCUAAAAUAACUCCUGAACCUAGAACAGAGAUUGAGUCAUCUCUAUAUGAGGAGGAGACUCCAACUCAGACUCCCGGUCCUCCUGUUGAAACUGAACAUUUCCCUAGCCAGCAGCAGCAGCCAACUGAACCUUCUGAGUAUCCUGAGGAGGCUGAAUCUUCUGGAUUUGAUUUUGAGUAUCCAGUACAGCCUCAAGAGGAAGCAGAGGAGUUAGAACCUUUACCAAUGCAGCAGGAAGAUUUAUCUCAACAUCCAGGCCCUCUUCUGGAGGAUGAGUCUUCUAUCAGUGAACUAGAACAGCCAGGUCAACUUUCUGAGUCUCCUGAGGAGGUAGAAUUGGGUUCUGGAAACCAGCCAGAAGCCUCAGUUCAACCUGCAGAGCUCCCUCCAGUCGAACAAGAGACUCCACUUCAAACUCCAGAGUCCCCUAUUGAGAAUGUAGUUGAAACUCCACCAAUUCACAAAGUCCAGCCAGAUCGAAAUGAAAAGCACCAUUAUUACUUACCACAUGUUACAGUUAGACCUGUGGAUGUGGCACUUACCAUGACUUCAGAACCUACCAAGGAGACUGAAUCUUCUCUGACCCAGCAGGAGUCCCCAGUGCAUCCUUUGGAGUAUAGUGAGCAGAUGGAACCCUUUCUCCAUGAGGAGAAGCCUCCAACUCAGGCUUCUGGGCCUUCUGGAGAGAGUCAAUUUCAAAGCCAGCUGGAGGUACCAGCUCAAGAGUAUGCUGAAGAGUUUAAACCUUCUUCACCUGAGCAGGAACAAACAGCUCAGUCUCCAGAGCAUCAUGAAAUGACAGCUUUGCCUCCAGGUCACUAUCAAGUUCAGCAUUCUAGCCUGUCGUAUGCUACUGGUCAACCUCCAGAUCUGGAGAUUACAGUAACAGAGAAUCCUGUAGCUGCGAUGGGAACUGUGUAUCAUGAGGCUACAGCAUCUGAAGAGGUUGAACUGUCACAACAACAGGGUGUUUUAUAUCAGUCCCCAGAACCUAUUCUGCAUCAUAAACCUCUAAGCCAGCAAGAAGACACAACUGGAAUAUCACAGAUCUCUGAAGAAGGAAAACCCUUUCCAGCACAGCAGGAGGCUUCAGAACAGAUGCUAAAGCUGCCUGAUGAACAACUUCCAGGUUACCAUGAGGUAACAGUUCCAUCCCUGGGUCAUGGUCAAGUUUAUUUUCCAGCAUCACAAAAUAUCCCAUUUGAACAUCAAACCAACCCAAAAAAGGAUCAACAUUCUCCAGUUGGUCAAGGGGUCCCAACCCAACCUGAAGAAUUUCCUGAGGAACCUUAUCCAAGUCAGCAGGGGAGCUCGACUUGGCCUUCGAUAACAGAUAAGUUUUUUUCAUCUGCAGAUCUAGAGGCAACAUUCAGAACUGAACUUCCAAAGUCAUAUAAAACCACUGUUAAACAUGUGGACCUAGAACUUACCAUAACUCCAGAACCCUCUCUGGAGGAUGGAUCAGUUCCAUUGCCACAAGAAGACUUACGUCAGCCUGUAGACUCUACUGAGAAAGGUAAAUUUCCACAGAUUCAGACUAAUGCCCUUUCAAAGCGUCCAUAUUUCUCCAAAACUGAAUCUCCAGCCUUCCAGGAGGCCAUAGCUCAGACAACACACCACUUUAAAGAGGUACACCUUUAUUCAACUCAACAGGAAGCCUCAGAACUGCCUCCGGUUCACAGUAUGGGAGUAAGACCUUCUUUACAUCAACAAAUAACCCUAUCUCAUUCCAUAGACCUCCAUGAGAAUCUGAAACCAUUUCUAGCACUGAAGCCCACUGCAGCUCAGACUUUAAAACUCCCUAGAAAAGGAAAAUUUUUUCUAAGCCAAAAAGUGAUUCCACACUCUCCAAAGCCACUGAAAAAUAUUGUAACUCACAUUCCAUCACACAAGAUUACUGUUCCAAAGCCAGAUCAGGAUCAAGUUGAGUAUACACUAUCACCUAAUGGUUUAUUUCAGCCUUUGGACCUAGAAGUUACUGUAACCCCAGGAAUUAGUCAAGAGACUAAGAAUUAUAUACCACCAAAGAGAACUUUAAAUCCACAUUUUCAAGUAAAACUUCCACAUCCACAUCAUAGUGAGACUCAACAUGCAAUCCCAACUAAAAAUGCAUUUCAACCUUUGGAUCUAGAAGUUGCCGUAAAUCUAAAACCUAAGGAGAAACUUUCUCAAACUAUGGAAGAGACCACAAAUCAAGUGAUGGAAGCUCCAGAAAAUAUUUUAACUCAAAGUCUAGAAUAUCAUGAGAUGAAAAUUCCAAUACCAACUGAGGAUCAAGCUAAGUAUCCAGCAUCAUAUACUGUCUCAUUUCAGCCGUUAGACCUAGAACUCACCCUAACUUCAGAGCCUGCCAGAGAGCCUCAGCAUCCUACAGUUCCAAAGCAACCUCAGCAUCCAAACCCAACUGAAGUCACAGUUCAGCCUUUGGAUCUGCAACUCACCAUAACUCCAGAGCCUAUCAGAGAGCCUCAGCAUCCUACAGUUCCAAAGCAACCUCAGCAUCCAAACCCAACUGAAGUCCCAGUUCAGCCUUUGGAUCUGGAACUCAACAUAACUCAUAAAACUACUGCUGAGGGAGAACAUUCUCAAACUAUUCCAGAGACCGCAAGUCUAAUUACAGAACCACCUAAGGAGGUUGUAGCUCAAGAGCAAGAAUAUCAAGAGGUGACAAUUCCAACAAAAACUCAGGAUCAAGCUUCUUCAUCUCAGCCUUUAUAUUUGGAACUCACCAUAACGCCAGAGCCUACCAGAGAGCCUCAGCAUCCUACAGUUCCACAGCAACCUCAGCAUCCAAACCCUACUGAAGUUACAGUUCAGCCUUUGGAUCUAGAACUCAACAUAACUCAUAAAACUACUGCUGAGGGAGAACAUUCUCAAACUAUUCCAGAGACCACAAGUCUAAUUACAGAACCACCUAAGGAGGUUGUAGCUCAAGAGCAAGAAUAUCAAGAGGAGAUAGUUCCAGCACAAACUCAGGAUCAAGCUUCUUCUUCAUCUCAGCCUUUGUAUUUGGAUCUCACCAUAACGCCAGAGCCUACCAGAGAGCCUCAGCAUCCUACAGUUCCACAGCAACCUCAGCAUCCAAACCCUACUGAAGUCACAGUUCAGCCUUUGGAUCGGGAACUUACCGUAACUCAUAAAACUACUGCUGAGGGAGAACAUUCUCAAACUAUUCCAGAGACCACAAGUCUAAUUACAGAACCACCUAAGGAGGUUGUAGCUCAAGAGCAAGAAUAUCAAGAGGUGACAGUUCCAUCAAAAACUCAGCAUCAAGCUUCUUCUUCAUCUCAGCCUUUGUAUUUGGAACUCACCAUAACGCCAGAGCCUACCAGAGAGCCUCAGCAUCCUACAGUUCCACAGCAACCUCAGCAUCCAAACCCUACUGAAGUCACAGUUCAGCCUUUGGAUCUGGAACUCAACAUAACUCAUAAAACUACUGCUGAGGGAGAACAUUCUCAAACUAUUCCAGAGACCGCAAGUCUAAUUACAGAACCACCUAAGGAGGUUGUAGCUCAAGAGCAAGAAUAUCAAGAGGUGACAGUUCCAUCAAAAACUCAGCAUCAAGCUUCUUCUUCAUCUCAGCCUUUGUAUUUGGAACUCACCAUAACGCCAGAGCCUACCAGAGAGCCUCAGCAUUCUACAGUUCCACAGCAACCUCAGCAUCCAAACCCAACUGAAGUCCCAGUUCAGCCUUUGGAUCUGGAACACAACAUAACUCAUAAAACUACUGCUGAGGGAGAACAUUCUCAAACUAUUCCAGAGACCACAAGACUAAUUACAGAACCACCUAAGGAGGUUGUAGCUCAAGAGCAAGAAUAUCAAGAGGUGACAGUUCCAUCAAAAACUCAGCAUCAAGCUUCUUCUUCAUCUCAGCCUUUGUAUUUGGAACUCAACAUAACGCCAGAGCCUACCAGAGAGCCUCAGCAUUCUACAGUUCCACAGCAACCUCAGCAUCCAAACCCUACUGAAGUGCCAGUUCAGCCUUUGGAUCUGGAACUCAACAUAACUCAUAAAACUACUGCUGAGGGAGAACAUUCUCAAACUAUUCCAGAGACCGCAAGUCUAAUUACAGAACCACCUAAGGAGGUUGUAGCUCAAGAGCAAGAAUAUCAAGAGGUGACAGUUCCAUCAAAAACUCGGCAUCAAGCUUCUUCUUCAUCUCAGCCUUUGUAUUUGGAACUCACCAUAACUCCAGAGCCUACCAGAGAGCCUCAGCAUUCUACAGUUCCACAGCAACCUCAGCAUCCAAACCCUACUGAAGUCCCAGUUCAGCCUUUGGAUCUGGAACUCAACAUAACUCAUAAAACUACUGCUGAGGGAGAACAUUCUCAAACUAUUCCAGAGACCACAAGACUAAUUACAGAACCACUUAAGGAGGUUGUAGCUCAAGAGCAAGAAUAUCAAGAGGUGACAGUUCCAUCAAAAACUCAGCAUCAAGCUUCUUCUUCAUCUCAGCCUUUGUAUUUGGAACUCACCGUAACUCCAGAGCCUACCAGAGAGCCUCAGCAUUCUACAGUUCCACAGCAACCUCAGCAUCCAAACCCUACUGAAGUCACAGUUCAGCCUUUGGAUCUGGAACUCAACAUAACUCAUAAAACUACUGCUGAGGGAGAACAUUCUCAAACUAUUCCAGAGACCGCCAGUCUAAUUACAGAACCACCUAAGGAGGUUGUAGCUCAAGAGCAAGAAUAUCAAGAGGUGACAGUUCCAUCAAAAACUCAGCAUCAAGCUUCUUCUUCAUCUCAGCCUUUGUAUUUGGAACUCAACAUAACUCCAGAGCCUACCAGAGAGCCUCAGCAUCCUACAGUUCCACAGCAACCUCAGCAUCCAAACCCAACUGAAGUCACAGUUCAGCCUUUGGAUCUGGAACACAACAUAACUCAUAAAACUACUGCUGAGGGAGAACAUUCUCAAACUAUUCCAGAGACCACAAGUCUAAUUACAGAACCACCUAAGGAGGUUGUAGCUCAAGAGCAAGAAUAUCAAGAGGUGACAGAUCCAUCAAAAACUCGGCAUCAAGCUUCUUCUUCAUCUCAGCCUUUGUAUUUGGAACUCACCAUAACGCCAGAGCCUACCAGAGAGCCUCAGCAUUCUACAGUUCCACAGCAACCUCAGCAUCCAAACCCUACUGAAGUCACAGUUCAGCCUUUGGAUCUGGAACACAACAUAACUCAUAAAACUACUGCUGAGGGAGAACAUUCUCAAACUAUUCCAGAGACCACAAGUCUAAUUACAGAACCACCUAAGGAGGUUGUAGCUCAAGAGCAAGAAUAUCAAGAGGUGACAGAUCCAUCAAAAACUCGGCAUCAAGCUUCUUCUUCAUCUCAGCCUUUGUAUUUGGAACUCACCAUAACGCCAGAGCCUACCAGAGAGCCUCAGCAUUCUACAGUUCCACAGCACCCUCAGCAUCCAAACCCUACUGAAGUCCCAGUUCAGCCUUUGGAUCGGGAACUUACCAUAACUCAUAAAACUACUGCUGAGGGAGAACAUUCUCAAACUAUUCCAGAGACCACAAGUCUAAUUACAGAACCACUUAAGGAGGUUGUAGCUCAAGAGCAAGAAUAUCAAGAGGUGACAGUUCCAACAAAAACUCAGGAUCAAGCUUCUUCUUCAUCUCAGCCUUUGUAUUUGGAACUCACCAUAACUCCAGAGCCUACCAGAGAGCCUCAGCAUUCUACAGUUCCACAGCACCCUCAGCAUCCAAACCCUACUGAAGUCACAGUUCAGCCUUUGGAUUUGGAACUUACCAUAGCCCCACAGCUUAUUACUGAGGGAGAAUUUUCUCAAAACAUUCAAGAGACCACAACCCAGAUUACAGAACCACCUAAAGAGGGUAUAGCUCUAACCCCAGUAUAUCAGGAGGUGACUGUUCCAAUACCAACUCAGGAUCAAGCUGUUGUAUCAUUUAGGCCUUUGGAUCUGGAACUCACCAUAAGUUCAGAGCCUACUAGAGAGCCUCACCAUCCUACAACUCCAAAGAAGACUACAGUUCCUCCUCCAGAGAUCCCUCUGGUGAUAUAUCCAGAGCCUGUUCACAGUAAGCACACAACUCAGAUACCUGAAGUCACCGUUCAGCAUUUGGAUCUAGAACUUACUGGAACUUAUCAACCUGUUAAUGAGGGAGAGCUUUCACAAAGUAUGCACGAGAGCACAACUCAGAUUACAGCACCACCAAAAGAGGGUGUAGUUCAGGAGGUGACAGUUCCAAUACCAGUUCAGGGUCAAGCUGAGAAUCCAGCACCACCCAGGAUCUCAUCUCAGCCUUCUCAGCCUCCUACAGGGACUCACUUUCAUCCAACUCCACAGCAGACUAGAGUUCAUUCAGAUCAAAGUGUGAUCCUGAACCCAGAAGUUUUCGUUCCUCGUACAAGAACUCCAACUAAAAUCGUAGUUAACCUUGAUCAUAACUCAUCUACUCAAGAAAACAGUCCUGAAAAUUUGCAGAGGACCACUGCUGAAGUUAGAAAACCACCUAAUGAGUUGGUAGUUCAAACUCAAGGAUAUAAAGAGGGCAUGAUUCAAGUUCUAAUUCAGAGUAAAGCUGAGUAUCUAACAAAACCAUAUCAUCCCUUAGACACGGAACUCACUGUAACUGCAGAGCCUACUAGAGAGGCUCAUCAUCCCACAGCUCUCAGUGAGACUACAGUUCAUCGUCCAAUGCAUUCUCAAGUGACACCUCUAGAACAGGUUCACAUUCAGCAUCCAAGCACAACUGAAAUCACGGUUCCUCCUUUAGAUUUGGAAGUUACCAUAACUCAUCAACCUACUACUGAGAGAGGACUCUUUGAACCUAUGCAAAAGACCUUCUCUCAACCUCCACAGCCGGAUGAGGGGCUUGUUACCAAAGCUCCAGUGUUCCAUGAUAGUAAAGUUGCAAUGUCAGGUCAUCAAACUCAGCAUACAGUGUCACCUGAGGUCCAAGUUUACCAUCUUGAUGUAGAGCAUUCUUUAACUGAACUAUCUAAGAUAGAGAGUGAACCUUUGGAAGCCCCAGGGAAUAUUACUAUCCUUCCUCUAAAUAACCCUGAAGAGGUACUCCCACUUGAUGAGAAGAUUCAGGUUCAACAUUCAAACCUAACUCAAGUCACAGCUCAGUAUUUACACUCAGAAAUUUCAAUAACUCAACAACCUAAUACAAUGGUUAAACAUUCUGCCCCAAUGAAGGACUCCCAAGCUCACACUUCUGAGAUACCUAUGGAGACCAUAGAACAUUAUGAGACAACAGCUGUAACUUUAGUUCAUGUUGAAGCUCAGCGUUCAGAUUCAUCAACUAUAGAGACUGAACCUUCUGAAGUCCUAGAGACUGCAGCUGCUUCUACAGAGGCUGCGGAGUAUGGAGUCUCAACAACUACAGCUGUUUCUCCAGAAGCUGCACAUUCUACAGUCCCAACAACUACAGCUCCUAUUCCAAAGUACCCUGAAAUGACACUUCCACCUACAAAUCAGUUUUCUAAAAUGGAACUUACCACAACUCCAUAUUCUGAAAAUUCCAAAACAGAAAAAGAUUUAACUAUGGAACAAAAUGCCUACAUGUACAUCAACCUAUGUGAGUUCUGCUUGUGUGAAAAUGAGACACUAUUGUGUAAUCAUCUUAGCCCAGAACGGAGACUCCACCAAGUGCCUGUGCCAAAGCCCGACUCCUACAACAACACUUUUGCUAUCUUGAAUUUCCAAGGAAAUGAUAUUUCUUACAUUGACAAAAAUGUAUGGAAGGCAUACCGUUGGGCUGAGAAACUAAAUCUCAGUGAAAAUCACCUGACUGAAUUACAUAAGGACUCAUUUGAAGGCCUGCUAUCCCUCCAGGUUUUGGAUUUAUCCUGCAAUAAAAUACGCUACAUUGAAAGAGGGACAUUUGAAUCAUUACCUUUUUUGAAGUAUCUGAACCUUGGGUGCAAUUUACUCACUGAACUGAGCUAUGGAACAUUUCAAGCAUGGCAUGGAAUGCAGUUUUUACAGAAGUUAGUUCUCAGCCGUAAUCCUCUCACAGUUGUUGAAGAUCCCUACUUUUUUAAAUUGCCAGCAUUAAAAUAUCUAGACCUGGGGACAACACAAGUACAACUGACAACGCUUGGGAACAUCCUCAUGAUGACCCUGCAACUGGAACAUCUAAUCUUACCUAGACAUAUGGCCUGCUGCCUCUGCAAAUAUAAAAUUGAUAUUGAGGUUGUCUGCAAGACAGUCAAACUGCAUUGCCAUAUUGGAUGCCUGAAAAACACCACACAUUGUCUUGAGGAUGCAUCUAUAGGGAACCCAGAAGGGGCAUUCAUGAAGGUGUUGCAGACCCGGAAGAACACCAGCACUGAACUCAUUAUUGAACCGGAGACGGGCUAUUCAGACAAAGAAAAUGCCAAGAACUCCAGCUCCAUGGAAGAAGAGAUCGACUUUAAUGAUGAAAAUGAUGUUAUGAGUGCCCUAAAUUACAUACUGCCAUAUUUAUCUGAGGGAAAUCUGGAAGAUGUAGUAUCGACAUUGUUACCAUUCAUAAAACUGCUGUUUUCUCAUGACCAAGAUUCAGAGAAUUCCUUUGGAUAUUUGCAAAAUAAUACAGACAGCCUUCUUCCUACAAAUGAAUCUGAAUCUGGUAACUUCACUAACAAAAAUAAAUUGAGUAAACUUUAUCUUCUAGAAAAGUUAUUAGAUGAAGAAAUUGAUGAGAUUGAAAAAGAAGAGAAAACUGUAGUACAUAAGGAGAUUUAUUCUGGUAAAAAAUUUAAGCGAAAAAUAUUUCAAAAGAGAUGGGCACCUGCCCAGGCAGAGGAAAACAGUCUUGCAGAGAUUGAGAAGGCAGAGAAAAGACUCCGCAGCCUGAACAGAGUGCUCAAGGGGACAGGAAACAUACAGAAAAGACCCUUCAGGGAAGUGAGUGACAAGAGCCUGUGGAAUAAGCAGAGUGUCCAGACACCUGUGGAGAGUAUUGCCAAAGAUGGGCAGCUCGGGAGCCCACCCACAGCGGAGUUGCAGCAGCUCGGUCUGGUUCGGAAGCCCAGGAAGUUAGUGAGAAAUUCCUUCCACCCAGAGCCCUUGCUCCCAAAGGAGCGCGGGGAGGCAGUGUCUUCUUCCCCAGAACAGUCGCUGGUGGACAAGACUCCCAGUACAAAAUCGCUGUCUGAGUUCAUAAACAGACGAAAAGACUUGUCUUACACCAUUUUCAUUUUAGAAAGAGCAAAUGCCAACGUGAAAAGAACGAAGGGGUCUAAACCUAGUUUACUGUUUGAAAAGAGACAUCGAAAGCUUAGGAAGAAAAAAACUCAUUUCCGGUUGAUUGCAAAGAGUCCAGCAUCCUCUGUAGUAAGGAGCCUGGUAAAUUCCCCUGCAGAAGGGGUCUUAUCAUCUUUAGGAGACCUGAGUUAUAAAGAAAAGCCUUUUUCAGAAUUAUAUGCUGCUUUAAAACCUCCUUCAGAAAAACCUCUGGCUGCAGCUGAUGAUAUUGAUGAUAUUGAAGAAAGCAUCUUUGAACGAAGCACCCCUAUGUCUGAAGAACCUAUAUCAGAAAAUAUAUUCCCUGAAAUUCCUGCUAUAGAGUCUUUUGGUCCUACAUACAAGUUAGUUAACACAGUUAUCACUACGCCUGAAGAAACUGCAUCAGAAAAUAUACCCUCGAGAGCGUGCGAGCUUGUGGGAGUGGAGCGCCCCGGCCGUUGUUGCCGUCGCCUUCCUCCUCCCCACAGUCCAGACAGCGGUUUGUAUACAACAGAAAGAGAUCUUCGUGAAGUAUUUUCUCGAUAUGGACCGUUGAGUGGUGUCAAUGUCGUUUAUGAUCAGCGAACUGGCAGGUCACGUGGAUUUGCUUUUGUGUAUUUUGAGAGGAUAGAUGACUCUGAGGAGGCUAUGGAAAGAGCAAAUGGAAUGGAGCUGGAUGGUAGAAGAAUUCGUGUGGAUUAUUCUAUAACCAAGAGAGCUCACACACCUACACCAGGCAUUUACAUGGGCAGACCAACUCAUAGUGGUAGUGGAGAAUCCUGCUGUAGAGUAAAUGUGCCUGCAUCUGAAUUAAUUACAACUCUUCAGCAAGCCAGCAAGCCACAGUUAGACUUCAUCUUGGGGCCUGAUUCCCAUGAAUUUGUUUACCCAUUGCUGAUGUCACCAGGUGAAUGCUUUGAAUCUCAGCUAAACCAGCAGUUACAGCCCCUCAUCCCCAACCAUGAUGUGAGAAGACUUAUUUCUCACGUUAUAAGGACUUUGAAGAUGGACUGCUCUGAUCCCAGUGUGCAACUGUCCUGUGCCAAGCUCAUCUCCAGAACAGGCCUCCUGAUGAAGCUGCUCAGUGAGCAACAAGAAUUCAAGUUGUCCAAGGCCAACUGGGAUACGGACCAGUGGAAAACUGAAAACUACAUCAGUGAGAGCCCAGAAACCCAAGGUGGACAGAAGAGUCUGGAACCAAGUCAGCGCACAAAAGAAGUUCCGGGAUACAGCUACAACAACAAAGUCAUCUUGGCAAUCUCUGUAACUGUAGUAGUGACAGUGUUGAUUAUCAUUUUCUGUCUCAUUGAGGUAAGGAAAACAACACAUUCAUGUGUCCAGAAUGUGCCCGGUCUGUGUAAUAGGUUUAGAGGCCGCGAACUGAAAACCUGAGCCACUUACCCUCUCUGUCUACAAGUAAUGUCCCCGUGUGUUCACAGGUACUCUGUGAAGUCGGGCUCCUCAAUGCCAGGCCAUUAUGUAACGUUCUGAUUUGGUGUCAGACUGGUGGUGUGGCUGUGAGAGGCUGUGGGAGCAGUGGAGAGUUCUCUGUCAGUGAGGAUGGUGCAAUUUUGAGGCUAGAAGGCAGAAAUCAGCAUGGGGUCAGUUCACGGCCUCCAGGAGGAUGUCCUCUGGCCCCUGUACAGACAGCACCUCCACACCUAAUGUGGUUGUGACCUCCAGGGAAAUCUCUAUAAGUCAUAUAUUGCUCUUUAGUGGUGUGUGCUGUUCACCACUGUGCUGGAAUUUAUUCACAUUUUCAUUAUUUUUUUUCUGCCAAUUUAGAUGAUACUCUGUGAGUAAAGUAAGCAUGCCCAGUAUUUUGCCUAUAGUAGAUAACAAUGGUAUUCAGAGAAGAGAAAUGACGCAUUCCAUCAGUUCUACUAUGAGGAUGAUAGAAUUCAGUACUUAUUAAAUAGCAUCAGAGAUAGAUGUUUUGUGUACUUCUGUAGUCCUUGCUCUUAGGAAACAGAAGCAGGAUGAUCCAUAGUUCACAGUCAUUCUCAGCAAUGUAGUAAAUUCAGGCCAGGAAUAUAUGAAAUGCUAUCUAAAAAAACAUAAAAACAAACAACAACCACAACA